AUGGAUUGCCCUGGCCAAGGACACAAUCUUUACUCAAACUCUACUAACUCCACAGUAGUGUGUACAGACGAUGACAUACUGGCGGGAAAUACUAAUUGUACCAACGUCACCGAUGCCAAUUCGUCAGGCUUGGCCUUUCCCUUACCAGUCUUCACUUUCUCAACGAAAGUCCGCGUCUCUUUGACAUUUAUCUUGAUGUUCAUAUCUCUGGUGGGAAAUCUCAUCGUCUUCGUCACGAUGUUCCGAAAUCGCGCCAGGAAGUCUCGCGUGAACUUCCUCAUCAUGCACCUGGCCGUGGCAGACAUCGUCAUGACGUUGAUCGUGAUGCCGCUAGAUGGCGUGUGGAACUUGACGAUCCAGUGGUACGGUGGGGAGGCUGCGUGCCGCAUUCUGAUGUUCCUGAAGAUGUGGGCGCUGUACGCGUCUACCUUUAUUCUCGUGGUCAUCAGUAUUGACCGAUGCACGGCCAUCCUCCGUCCUCUGAGCAUGACGGACGCCUACAAGAGAUGCAAGAUCAUGGUCAUGCUGGUGUGGGUCAUCGGAGGCAUCCUCAGCAUCCCUCAGCUCUUCAUUUUCCAUCUCGUGACGCCAGCGCCGACCUUCACGCAGUGUGCGACACACGGAGUCUACAACGCCCCCUGGCAGGAGCCGUUGUACAACAGCUUCCACUUCGUCAUGGUUUUCAUCCUGCCGCUGGCCAUCAUGAUCACGUGUUACCUCCUCAUCCUGGCCGAGAUCUCCCGCAAGCACCGGGAGCUGACUGAUCCACUUGUUCGUGAGGAGGGGCACAGACUCCGCCACUCCGGUGCAGACCGCAUGGCCAAGGCCAAGGAGAAGACCUGGCUGAUGACCUUCGUCAUCGUGUCGGCUUUCGUCAUCAACUGGUCCCCGUACUACGUCCUGAUGAUCUGGUUCCUGGUGGAUCGGUGCAUCGUCUUCACCGUGCCGUCAGCGGUGAGCGACGCCCUCUUCAUCUUCGGGCUGACCAACCCCUGCCUCGACCCGCUCAUCUACGGCCUGUUCUCCAUCAACUUCGUGCGGGAGUUCCGCCGCUGCUGCGGCUGGCUCAAGCGCAAGGACUUCGUGACCAGAGACAGCACCUUCGGCGGGACCACGGUCGUCAGCCGGGUCGACACCGUCGCCAUCCCGCUACGAUCGGUGAAGACCACUCGCAACGGAACAUCAACCACCUGAAUGUUUAACAGAUCACACAGAAAUGAGAUUGGUAUUUCUAGCCGAGUACCUGUUGAAGUGCAAUGACUGCAAAGAUAAGUGGUGUAAUAUCUUAGUCUGGUGGCAAUCUUUUGCAUGUUUGCAUUGUGUUGCGGGAUUUUUUAGUCGUUGUCUCUUCGCGGUACUUGCGAGUCAUCGCAAGACCAGGCUAUGGGGCAAGUUUAUCUUCCAGUGCAUCAAAGAUGAAGUCAAAGUCGCUUUGUUGUAUUCGGAAGUUUACCCCAUUAUGGAAGGAUGUCUGCAUGUCAAUAUCAAUGAUGCCGCCGUGAUACAAGAGAAAGUCUUUAUCAACAGUGAAAGGCAUUUGACAGCGUUAAGAAACUUCUAAGACCCUCUAGAUCUGUUGUCUGAGUGACUUUUGCUUUUGCUAAGUCAUUUCGUAAAAGUUGGCGAAAGCUAUCUGAUUGGCUGCUUAACACAAACAUUCUUGGUUGUUUUGAAGGCUGAAAGGAAGAUGAACUUCAUUGAUGUGCCUCGAGCUGGUUAUUAGGUGUUGGAAAACAGGGAAAAGAAGGAAACAUAUA